UCGAGUAUUCGCCAUCGGGUCAUCCUUUCAUUAUUACAAUAGCUCUGUCCAGGCUCCGAUCCGGCAGGCUGAGUAUGCCGAUGUAUCAUAUAGCUCUUAUGUGGGAUCGCUAGACAUAAUAGAUCCUCGAACCCCUGUCCGAUCGAUCAACUCCGAACCCCGAGGAGGAAAGCUGCAAAACGUAACAAGGAAUAGUGCGAUACAAUUAUAAUAGGACCGAUAAUGACAGUGGCCCCAAUGCAAAAAGCCGACCCCGACAGGGAUCCUUUACAAACCCACAAAACAAGACUGCCUACCUGGCUCUACCCUCUCAGUUUCUGCCCACCGAUCCCAUCACUAUGGAGACACCCGAUCCUGUUCGCCAAGCAUCCCAUUCCACUGUACGUCCUCGGAGUCAUCUCAGCGUUAGUUGCGGGUGCUUGUCUUCCAGCAUCGGGUAUCGUCUACGGAUGGUGGACGAACGGUGUUACAGCUGCAGAUGGCACUCCGGACAGCAAGCUCGAUAGGAGUAGUACGGCGGGGUGGAUCAUGACCCUGAUAGGAGUGCUAGCGUUCUUUACAUCAUGGCUCUUCUUAUGGUGUUUUGCUACAGCAUCGGAUGUCAUCACGUUACACCUUCGACGUGCCUAUGUCAGCAGUGUCCUGGUUCAAGAUCAGGCGUUCUUCGAUAGCCAUGGACCUGGAGAGGUGGCCAGUAGAGCCGGAAAGGAUAUCAACACGAUCCGAGCGUGUUAUGGGGAAAAGAUGGGUUACGUGUUCUGGAGCGUGGGAACUUUGAUCGCUUCGAUCAUUCCGAGCUUCUGCCUCCCAGGAACCGCCAGACUCAGUGGCGUGAUCAUCAGCGUCAUUCCGUUCACCUUGGCCAUCAUCUGGGUAUCGAGCUACCUCAUCCACACCUCUUCCGCGCCAAUCUCUACGCUAGAAGGCCGGGCUUCCUCCCUCGUCGAACAGAUCCUUUCUUCAAUCCGGAUCGCCCAGACGUUCUCUAUGGAGUCGUCCCUCGUCAAGAAGUUCGACGAAGCGUUCUUGAGCAGGUUGGAGAGACUAGGGAGGACGAGAGCUUUAGCCAGAGCGUUCGAACAGGCCGGAGUGUACUUUGCUCUGUUCUUGACGUUCUCGUUGAGUUUCUGGAUGAGCGGGAUAGAGGUUGUCAACGGAGUGCAGGUCGGAUACGCCUUGACGUGUUUCUGGAACAUGAUCAACGCGCUCUUCGCUCUUGCCAAUGUGCUGCCUCAUAUUGCGAGCCUUGCAGAUGCUGCCGUUGCCUUGACGACUCUCCGCAGACAGAUCGAGCGUCGUCCUUUCAUCGACAUCAGGGACCCCUCCGGGAUCACUCUUCCUACCGACAAACACGCUCUACAACUUAGAGGAGGUACCGACGACUCCGAUCUUGCAGCCAAAGGACAGUCCGAUUGGAAACCCGAAUUCGAGCUUCGGAACAUAACUUUCGCCUACCCCUCUCGACCUGCCGUAAAGAGUCUGGACGAUGUUAGUCUUCGGAUUGAACCUGGCAAGAUGACCGCGUUUGUGGGUCACAGCGGGUCGGGAAAGAGUACGACAGUGGGGUUGCUGUUGAGAGAAUAUGAUCCAGAGACGGGUAACCUCAGGAACCCGUCAGACGAGGACACCGGGUUGGAGGAGGACACAAUACAAACUCUGGCUGACGAUGGGGAAGUCGCGUCGGGCGAGGACGAGAAGCACGACGAGGUUCAGACCGACAAGACGAGCAGGCUGGGAGGCCUGUUCGGCUCUAAGGACAAGUCUGGGGAUCUCGAAAAGGCAAGCAGAAAGGAGGCGGAAGAAAGAAGCCGCGUGCAGGGAUCAGGGACGGUGCUCUUCGCCGGUCGAGAUAUCCGAGAGUACAACCUCCAGUGGUAUCGUCAACAGAUCUCGGUCGUUUCACAAGCGCCCCAGCUCUUUUCGACCUCGAUCUUCGGCAACGUCGCAGCCGGUCUCACUGGUACCGAAUUCGAGUAUCGCCCCGAGCGGGAUACUCUCGAUAGCGAGGACGCCGGGACGCGCGAGAGGAUGGCCAUGAUCAGGGAGCUCGUCGAGGACGCCUUGAGAAAAGCCCAAGCCUGGGAGUUCGUCUCGAGAUUGCCCGAAGGAAUGGACACAGUGAUAACAGGAGGAAGAGCACAGCUCCUCAGUGGCGGGCAGAGACAGCGAGUCGCGCUCGCUCGUGCUUUAGUCAGCAAGCCGGCGGUCUUGCUGCUUGACGAGGCUACGUCGGCUUUGGAUACGGCUUCAGAAGACAAGAUCCGAAAGAUGCUUGAGAUCGAGCAGAAGGAGAGAGGGAUGUCGCUGAUUGUUGUUGCGCAUCGUAUGAGUACAAUCGUCUCCGCAGACAAGAUCUUCGUGAUGCAGAGCGGCAAGGUUGUUGAUGAAGGAACUUACGACGAGCUGCUCGAGACCGACCGCAAGGACCAGACGUUCAGGAAUAUGGUGCUCGCCAAUCAGGAACAGCAGCGAGCCGAUACCGUCGAUGAGAAGAUCGCUUACGAGAACAAUGUGAAUGGUAUCACUGCAGACGAUCAAUCGGGUAUCUUCAGUAACACUUCCACCGUCGGAAUCCUACCUGAAGGAUCUGGCAUGAGUACACCUCCCAACCUGUCCAUCAACCGAUCCAAUUCUACGGGAACGAAGCGUCCCGACCUACACAUGCUGUAUUCUGGUCGAGGGAGCAAUUUCGGCAGGAUGGACCAUACGAUCGAUGGACCAGUGGGUAUGGCUGGAACUGUAAAUCCGCCCGUGGCAGAAGAGGAGGAAGCUUCAGAGGGUUCCUCGCCGAGCGACGAAAAGCCCGACGCGAUGGACGUCCAGCGACCGGAUCCGCUCAAGCCUCGCCGAUACUCCAAGGGUGCCCUAUUGAAAAGUUAUUGGCAAAUCAUGGCUGGGCGCAAGUGGUGGUUCUUGUUGGGUGUCGUCUGCUCGAUCGCGGCUGGAGCCGGCUGGCCCAUAGAAGGCUGGAUGGUCGGUGAAGGUGUGCACGUUCUAUCCAUCGAGGGAGAUCCUCAAGCAGUGAGACAAGGCGCAAACCGUUGGGCCCUGUGGUUCUUGGUGCUAGCCAUUGCGGACUUUGCUGUUCUCGUCGUCAACGGGGUCUCUUUCGAGCUUGUCUCUGAAUCGGUCGUCCGUAUUGUGAAGCGGGAGAGCAUGCGUUCUCUGCUAAAACAAGAGACGGGAUUCUUCGAGAGUAACGAGGAGUCAGAUGCAGGGGCGCUGACUGCGGCCCUAUCGUCGAAACCCACCGAAAUCACGGCUGCUUCGGGACUUAUCUUGUCUCAGAUCCUGAUCGCGGUGGCUAAUUUGAUCGGGUCCAUGAUACUCGGAUUCGUCCUCUCGUGGAAGGUGACCGUGGUAGCGCUGCCCCCAGUCCUGGUCACGUUCUUCUCUGGAUGGCUAAACGUCUACUUCAUCGACAAGUAUGAAGCGCAAAACUCUGGACCGGCUUCGCGGUGUGCAUCGUUUCUAAGCGAGACGGUCGACGUCGUUCGAACGGUCACGAACCUCAACUACCAACGAGCCUCGCUCCGCUCUUUUGACAAGCAUAAUCUGGUCACUAAACGAACAAGCCUCUACUUGAACCUCGGUUCGAUCGGUUUCUCGAUCUCGCAAGCGAUGAUCAUCCUGCUCCAAGCGUUGCUCUUCUACUGGGGAGGGAAGCUCACAGCCGAGGAAGGCCUGUCAACCGUGGCGCUAUUUGCUAGCUUCGAAGCAAUCAUCAUCGCGAGUUUUGCUUCAAGCCGUCUGCUGCUUUUCGUCGGGGAUGUCGGCCGCGCCUUCUCUGGUAUGGCUGUGGUUCAGAGCUGGUUCGAUAGGAAGCCCGUUAUCGCCAACAUCGCCUCGAACCCAGAUCGCGAGAAGCAGAACCACGACUUUUACGUCGGGGAUAUUGUCUUGUCGAACAUCGAGCUUCGAUAUCCUAGGCGACCUGAACACCCAGCGUUGAAGAACGUCAGCCUUACCAUCAAAUCUGGUCAGACGCAUGCCUUUUGCGGAUCGAGUGGUUCGGGCAAGAGCAGUCUGCUUGCGCUCUUGUUGAGGUUCUACGAGCCCUGUAAAGGACAGGUCACUUUCGGCGGAAGAGAUUCAAGGUCGAUUCCUCUCAAGGAAUUGCGAUCGCGCUGUGCCUACGUAUCUCAGGAUCCUCAGCUCUUCGAGGGUACAAUCCGCUGGAACUUGUGUCUGGGAGCGGUGAACGCAGAUCAGGUGAGGCAAGAAGCGCUCGAAGAAGCUUGUGAUCAAGCUUGUAUCCUGGACUUCAUUCGCGGGUUGAAGGAUGGCUUCGAGACCGAGAUCGGGAUGAAAGGAGCUGCCUUGAGUGGUGGACAGCGACAGCGCCUGUGUAUCGCACGAGCAUUGAUUAGAAAGCCGGAGAUCCUGUUCUUGGACGAGGCUACCUCCGCUUUGGAUGCGACAUCCGAACUUCAAGUCAACAAGGCUCUAGCGAACGCUUCUAAAGGACGCACUACGAUUACGAUCGCCCACAGAUUGAGCACUAUCCGGGCAGCAGACGUUAUUCAUGUAAUCGAGGACGGCCGAGUCAAGGAAGAAGGAAGUCACGACGAGCUGAUCAAGCGCAGGGGGCGUUACGUAGAGCUCGUCGAGGCUCAAAUGUAAAUCGAGACGCACAGCUGUUUCUUUGCCCUCGGAACCUGAGGUAUAUAAUGAUUCUAUCCGACCUGGGUCAGGUGGACGCAGCUUAUCCUGCCUGCAUGCCAUCUCUGGACGUCUGUAAUUGUGAAACGAUGAUGAUAUCAUCACGAGCGGUUGUUCCGAUUCGCAUAUCGCACAACUCUCUGCUAUUUUCUUGCUGCUGACUCCUUACGUAGACUGACCACGCACUCAAGUAAUCUUCAAUCCAACAGUGAUCAGAGUCGAUAUAAUAUGCCUUGGCAAAAAA